UACUUUGAAGUAGACAUUGACCUUUUUCUACCGGAAGAGAAUCUACCUCUACUUCCUUUCUUUCCUUAACAGCUGCGUUGCACGGGGAUAGCAAAGCAGUAGAACAGCAAAUUAAACACUGAAUCUGCAAGUCUAGCUUGGACACAAAGAACAAACAUGUCACACACAAUUCUGCUUGUCCAGCCAACAAAGAGACCAGAGGGGAGGACAUAUGCCGACUACGAGUCAGUAAACGAAUGCAUGGAGGGUGUGUGUAAAAUGUACGAGGAGCACCUGAAGAGGAUGAACCCCAAUAGUCCCUCCAUCACCUAUGACAUCAGCCAGCUGUUUGACUUCAUUGACGAUUUGGCGGACCUCAGCUGUUUAGUAUACCGGGCGGACACUCAGACAUACCAGCCAUACAACAAAGACUGGAUCAAGGAGAAGAUCUACGUGCUGCUGCGGCGUCAAGCCCAACAAGCUGGGAAGUAAAGACAGGAAGGGAAGGAGCUGAGAGGUUGCCCCCUUUGCACAGCUCUAGGAUCAGUUUACUCCACCCUGAAAUGAAAAGCCCAAACUGAUUUGGGACCAGUACAUAGGGGCAACUUCAUGCUUGGCUUUUUGGUAGAGGUUGUAAAGAGUGAGGGGGACAGUGGCCCUUUUCGAAUACACAACGUGCAUUCACCCUCCCUUGAGAUAAUCACAGAUCGAGAAGUGAUUGGAUAGAUGAGAACAAGGUUAUCAACCUAUUGCUUUCACCAAUUCAACUGAAUCUGAUCAUUGAUUACGCCAAGGAAGGGAGGAAAGUAUUCGAAUGGCGACAGUGAUCUAUGGGCGGGAGACAAGCCUAUAAUUUGUUUGGGUCUAUUCUUUGUGGAAGUGGCUAGUUGAUUGAAGGACAAAUGUAUUGGUACAGAUGGGUCUUUUGAACAAAAGAAACUAGACAAGGUUACAUUAACUAAAAACAGGACAACUGUUUUUGUUUCAUUCAUUAAAUGUCCAUUUCUGUUCAAGGAAGAGGUUUAUGAGGAGUGACUUUGCUUUGUUUUUUAAUGAAAAUUAUGGGAGAGUUGAAUUGAAACAUGCCACUGAUGGUGUCCGUUAAGGGUGUAAUUUUGUAACAUUGACGAAUGUGAUUUACCUUAAAAUGCUGAUUAUUAAUUUAGGGUGAAUUAUGUCAGCUUUAUUUUCCAUAUUUGCACCUCUUACUACCAUUUUUAUUUUAGACCUGUGAAAUCCUGUUUUUGUAAACUUGAUAUUUGGAAUUUCUGACAUCUAAUUUCAUGUUUUCUCUGGUAAUUGUUUUUUCUCUGAAUACAGGAAAUAAACUUUUCAGAUUUUA